AAAUAAACUCUCUUCAACGUGCUCGCGCAGGCGUGGCUCGAGCUCGUGCACGUCCAUCCCUUCCCCCUUCUGAAUGCCCGCGCUCUGCGCGUGCUCGUCAACGGUUUAUUGUAUCGGACAGAAAAGGCGACGGAGCUCCACCGUUGGAAUAAAACAAAACGGCUAGCCAUCUAAACUGCAAGAAUGGCAGCGAUUCGCAAGAAGUUGGUGAUUGUAGGAGAUGGAGCGUGCGGUAAAACCUGUUUGCUUAUCGUGUUCAGUAAAGACCAGUUUCCUGAAGUCUACGUACCCACUGUGUUUGAGAACUAUGUCGCCGACAUCGAGGUUGACAGCAAACAGGUGGAACUUGCUCUGUGGGAUACCGCAGGACAAGAGGACUAUGAUAGGCUCCGGCCUCUUUCGUACCCAGACACGGAUGUCAUUCUCAUGUGCUUCUCUAUUGACAGUCCUGACAGUUUAGAGAAUAUUCCAGAGAAGUGGACACCUGAGGUGAAACACUUUUGUCCAAACGUUCCCAUCAUCCUUGUAGGCAACAAAAAGGACCUACGGAAUGAUGAACACACACGCAGGGAGCUGACAAAGAUGAAGCAGGAGCCUGUUAAGGCAGAGGAAGGGAGAGACAUGGCUAAUCGGAUCGGAGCAUUUGGUUAUAUGGAGUGUUCAGCCAAAACAAAAGAUGGAGUUCGGGAGGUGUUUGAAAUGGCCACUAGAGCGGCGCUGCAGGCACGCAGGGGAAAGAAGAGCAACAAAUGCAGUCUGCUGUGAAUACUCGCCAUUGGACUCUAUGCCUCAACUGGGGCUCAAAAAGAGUGUGUGUGAGGGGCACACUUCUAUUUACACCGUCAUACACCCCCCCCUCACAUUCGCCAAAUGCUUUUGGGAAAGAUCCCAAAAAAAAAAAGCUUUUUGUCUGUUUUUUUCCUCCCUUUUGGUCUUAUAUUUUUAGUCAUGGAGAUGUUUAUCAGUAUUUAAGAGAACUUGGAGAAAUGGGACUUUUUUUUUGAUGCUUUACCUGAAUUUGUGGUAUCAUUUAAGCUUGCCCAUCUGCCAAAUGCUGUCAUGUGACCCUUUGGGCUGAUUGGAAAGGAGUGAUCCUGUGAGCUGCCAAUCAAUACUUCAGCCCAUCCCUCAUAUGCUGGGCUUUUUUCUGCAACAUGAAACAGGGCUGAACUUGAUUGUUUCUGUAUGUAUGAAUCAUUUUAAGGUUUUCUUUUAGAUCAGGGCAAGAUUGGGAUUUUAGAACAAAAGUACAAACUAGUUGUUUUAAAGCAAAAAAGGGCAUGGGACUGGGUGGGGGGUGGGAGGGGUGAUAUGUAUACAUACCUGUACAUAUGAGCAUGUGUGUAUUUAUAUGUACACACAUUCAGGACUGGAAAACGUAUUUGUAAACUAGACUUGGUAAUCUUGUGUAAUAAAAGAUGUUCUAUAAGGAGCAACCCUGUGUUUUUCUGUGUAAAUGCUUGUAGGAAAUGAUUUACAAUUCAUGUCUAAACCUUCGGAAAUUAGCAGAAUGUAAAUGAUGAACAGGAAAAACCAUUUUGUUUGACCUACCUUUUUGUAAGGAGUAGUUCACAGCGAAAAAUACAGUUCUGUUAUUUACUCAUUCCGAACCUGCCGUUUGAGAAGUGUAGACAUUUUGAAGAAAGUUCAUACUACUUUUUUCCUUACAAUAAAAUCAUAUAUUCACUAUA